GCGAGCUUGCCAAUACCAGGACUGCGGCCCAGCGCAACGAGAUGGCAUCCGCGCGCUACGCACCGCUCGACAUCAGCGGCUGGACCGUCAUGGUGACGGGCGCGAGCUCCGGCUUCGGCCUCGCGACGGCCUGGCGCUUCGCGGAGCUCGGGUGCAAGCUCGUGCUCGUCGCGCGGCGCGAGGAGCGGCUCAAGGCCCUCGCCGCGGAGAUCGUCGCCAAGUACCCCGGCGUCAAGUGCCACUGCUUCCCCCUGGACAUGAUGGACAUCCCCAAGGUCGAGGCCGCGGCGACGCUCCUGCCCGCGGACUUCGCCGAGGUCGACAUCCUCGUCAACAACGCGGGCCUGGCGCUCGGCAAGGCCACGGCGGACGAGAACGCGACGGAGGACGUCGUGCGCAUGAUGACGACGAACGUGAGCGCCCUCAUCGUCUGCACGGCGACCUUCGCCAAGGGCAUGAAGAAGCGCGGCCGCGGCCGGACGGCUGGGAACUCCGUCUCCGCGAAGCCCGGCGAGAGGCACGUCGUCGCUUGUUGGGGGGGGCGCAGGCACGCGGUGACCGCGUUCACGUCCGCGGCGCGCCACGACUUGGUCGGCACGCCGAUCCGCGUCACGUGCAUCUCGCCGGGCUUCGCGGAGACGGAGUUCUCCCUCGUCCGCUUCAAGGCCGACGAGAAGAAGGCCGCGAGCGUCUACACGGACCUCGUGCCGCUCUACGCGGACGACAUCGCGGACCAGAUCGUCUACGCGGCGACGCGCCCGGCCCACGUCCAGAUCGCCGACAUCAUCUGCUGGCCCACGAACCAGGCCGGCCCGACGAACAUCGCCCGCGUCGGCGCGUCGCUCGGCGCGCCCGCCAAGUAGGCGGCCUUCGAAACGCGCGAGCCCCGCCCAACCCCCCUGCGGGCUCUAACGUUCUCCCGAUUUGC